GGGUGGAUUCGACCCCCAAUACUGAAUGCAGCGACCACAGAAUGCAGCGCACGGAUUCUGCCGAUGGUCAGGGACAAGGAGAUGGUUCAACGCCGACUGCUGUAGUAGCGGCAGGGUGUGAUGCCGGCGGUGUGGAGGCUGACUGGGAGAAACUUGAACAAACUGAACAAGAUUUUAUCGUCCCGGCCUCCCUGUUCGUCAUGUGCAAGACCGUGGUGGAGGACGACGGCGGCGGGCUAUUCCUGAACGGGACUCUCGUCCAAAGAGUCUUGGUGAAAAACGUUCCAACUAUUUCCUUCUCAGACGGCACCAUUGACGCUGCGACCCAUUCGAAGCUGGAAUCGUUGUUGUUCCCGAUCCACCUCAAGGGCCCACUCCCCGGCGGGGACAUCAAGCAUAGGACGCUUUACAUUGAUGACCCCCGUGAGCCCAGCGAUCAAGAGGCCGAAGCGCCAGGGACAGUUCAGUUAUGCGCACAGACACUGGACCUCAUCAGUGCUCCACUCGACGUUCGCCAACACUGGAACACGUUCCCUUGCCGGAUCCUGGAAGGAACCAUCGAGUUGGAGCUGCAGUCGAGCUUCCGGCAUGAAGAUUUUGGAUCCAAGAAGAUCCUAUUAUGUCCAGACCUCUUGCGCCCGGUGCUCGAUGACUUGUCGGGGAAGAAAUUGCAGGACCGAUUGGAGAACAUCAUCCGAAUCAAGCCCUCAAGUGGCCUCAGCCGGCUGCGUAGGCUGGCUUUCUUGAGAGAAGUACCGGUGGUCGAGCUCUGCUACGAGAUUCGGUUGAAGAAAGGAGUGAGACGGGCAGACGAUGAGGCUGGUCUUGACAACAAUUUGUUGAUCAGGUACCCUCAACUGACACUGAGGUUCUGGCUCUACGAGCCAAUCAGCAAGGCCGUUUUCAAGAUUUUGGGUCCGCUUGCUCUUGUUCUCGCACUGAUGCUGAUGAAUUUCCAGGAAUUCUUCGGCUUCUCCGCUGCGGUCCAAAGCAACGACUGCUUGGAACAGCCAGCGAGCGACACGUACAGGGACUACCUUGCCAAUGGAAUCGGCAUCGUGCUUGCAGCAUUUUUCGCGAUCCCAUCUAUUCGUGAGGGGAACAUCAAAUCGCCCGGGAUCAGCUUCAAGCGUGACGACUUCAUGGCGGUGGCGUUCCUGAUUGGACUUGCGCUCUCAAACGCACGCCAGUGCCGGGUGGCUCUGGUUGGCAUCCUACUUAGCUGUGUGGUGGUAGUUUGGGCGCUGAUCUCGUUCGUAUGGUUCAUGUUCGAGCUGCGAGGACUGCGGAAGCGCGCUGAGCGGGAGCCUCUUCGUGUGAACAAGGUCACGAAGGACAAGAAAAAAAAGGCCAAGCCCCGGGCCGUCGAGUUCGACAAGAAAUGGUGGACGCGGCGGAGAUGCGAGCCGAAGUGCUCGGAGUGUCUUCCGGCGACCUAGAGCUUAUCGUGGAGGCAGCUGUCGGCGAAAACGUGUGAAUGGCUUUCCCGGCAUCGGGGAAUGGAAACAUAUGCUCCCGUGAAGUGUCGUGUUUGUAUACUUUCGAGUUUCCGGGGGGUCGCAAGUUUACAGUGAGUGUUG